UACAAUGAAAAUAUUGAACGCACAUUUGUCCAUAUUUAAUAAUCUCGGCUUAGCAUUGAUUCCAACGCAAUGCGAGCGAUAUUUUGGUAACAUUUCAUCGCUUAUCAAUACUGAAAUUCAGUUAAUAAUAGAUCCUUUAAAGCGCUCUAUUGAUCUGCAGUUUUUUUGCAACUUUUCUUGGUGCAAAAAGGUUGCCAAUGGAAAAGUUGGGACUGCACAACAAUUAUAAUGAGAUUGUGCGAGAUUUGAUUAAGAAUUGGGAAUCUCCGAUUGUGUAUUUACGUCAGCUUGGUUAUCUGCCGAAUGAUUACGAGGAUACAUCGAAAAUAAAACCCAAUUUGGAUGCGCUCAUGAGUCGCAUGGAGCGUGAUGAUGAACGCGACUCAUUGCGACAAGAAGUGGACAAAUCCAGGCAACAUUUCUGUGGAGUGCAAGAUGAGAAACUAAAGCAGAAGCGGGAGAAUGCGAAUGGCAACGAAGGCAUCAAGUAUCCCACUGUCGAUCAGUUAUUGGCCAUGAAGCAACCCUCUUUAGCUGUAGCCAUGUCUGCGGCCAAAGUGGAUGAGUUGAUGCCCAAGCAGAAGGCAGCGGAUCAUCAAGCUGAUGGAAGCAAUGCUCAGUUGAUGCUGCUCACGCAGCUGUUGGCAAAACAGCAGUCGGCUCAAGUACAGACGGAUGUGAAUCAAAAGUCUGAGGACUUUCUGCAACAGCUGGUGGCAAAGACAAGUCCUGUGGCUGUGGGUGGCAUGCCACAAGUAGCCGCUGCGCCACAACAAUUGGUAGGAGGAGAUGCCAACGCGAUGAGUAGUCGCCCGGUUGAGGCGCAAUCUAAAGUUCAGAUUGAUGCACCACAAUAUCUAAACUGGGAUAUCGACAGCAAUAAACUGAAGCAAAUCUCGCCGCUGGAGAAGAAUGCAUAUGUGGACAAACUGGUGCGCAUCUAUGUGAAAAAGCAAGAGACUCAAGGAGAACUGAAAAAAUCUCUAAUAUAAACUUAUAUUUUAUACAUUUUUUUUUGUGGGUAAAUUGCGUUGAGGCAAGUCUCUCGUUGUUGAUUCAUUGAGUACGACGUCAUGGCCAUGGCAUCAUGCAGAAAUUAUGAUUUGUUUAUCGCGUAAUUAGUCUACCAGAGCUCUGUGUAUGUGUGUGAUCUUGCACGUAAUUGUGGUAGUUGUGGCUAGAACAACAUAUGCCAGAGAGGGUCCAAAAUAACACAA